AUGGACGAACUUUGUGUCGAAGUUGGUCAUGCAAAUGGUGCCUAUUAUAAAGCAUAUAUCUAUGAUAUUGAUCAAACUGGCAUUGAUGUUAAAUAUGAACAAGAUUUUUUCCCACCGUCCAAAAUACCAUUUAUUGAAUGUCGUUGUCGUCUACCACCAGAAUCGACUGAUCUUAAAAAACUUCAACCGGGUGAUCCAUGUGAAGUUUUAUCCAAAGCUAAGGAAGAUGAGCCUCUUGGCUGGUGGCCUGCUACUGCCAAAAUGUUCAAAGGUGAUUUUUUUGUUGUCGAUUAUAAAGUUAGUGCUCAAGGAGCCAGUUAUUCCGAUAUUGUGUCCAGUGAUAAAAUACGUUGUCCGAACACAAAUCCAAUGAUAACUAGCUCAACCUUCAGAAAACUAGAGUUACCAGUUCCAAAAGAAAGUCAAGAAGCAUGUACCAAUCCAAACAAUCAUAAAGAUUUUAAACGAACGACGGGUGCUGUUGUUGUGCGUUAUGAUCGAGCAAGUGAAAAUUUGGUCAUCAUUUCCGACAAAGAAAGUGUUAUACGUCAUGCACAAAUAUUAAGUGACAUGCAUUUUAGAAAUCUUCGUCAAAAGGCUAAACUUGUUUCAGAAACAGAAAAAUACACCAAACAAUUAGAGCGUAUGAUGGUGACUCAAACAUCAAAGUUUGUCGAACAAUUUACUAUUAAAACAGACUUGAUGGGUCUAGCAAUUGGUACUCAUGGUUCAAACAUUCAAAAAGCAAGAGAAAUACCUGGAAUAACAGCAAUUGAAGUCGAGGAUGAGACCUGUACAUUAAAAGUAUUUGGAGAAACGGAACAAGCCGUCAAAGACGCAAGAAGUAUUCUUGAAUAUGUUGAAGACAUUGUAUUGAUAUCUCGAGAUCUUAUUGGUAAAGUAAUUGGAAAGAAAGGACAUAUUAUCCAAGAAAUUGUCGAUAAAAGUGGAGUUGUUCGAGUCAAAAUUGAAGGUGAUAAUGAACAAACCACACCUCGUGAGGAGAAUCAAGUACCAUUUGUAUUCGUUGGUACAGCUGAUAAUAUCGCUAAUGCUAAAGUAUUACUCGAUUAUCAUAUUGCUUGUCUCAAAGAAUUUGAUGAACUUCAAGAAAAACGCAUUCAAGUUUCUGAACAGUUUCGUACAAUCAGUGGCACUGGUCAAGCAGGAGUGGGUUUUCAGGGUAUGGGGGGACCCGGUAACAACAUGGGUCGAGGAGGACGAUAUGAGUCUGAUCGAAUUAGUAAUUCAGGCAGUGUUCGUGGGGGUUAUCGAGACAAUAACUACCGUGAUCAACAGCAACAACAAGGAUUACAGCAACGUGGUGGUAGCGGUGGAUAUCAGCAACAGCAAUCACAGCCUCAAAAUCGUCCAUUUGGACGAGGACGAGGUCGUCGUGGUGGCACUAAUGCUUAUAGAGGUGGAACACAAAGUGAUAUUGGCACUGGAGAUGAAGCAAGUGAAUGUGGCGAUUAUGAGGUUAAAUCACAUAGAGAUUGGGCUGCUACGGUUGAGAGUGAAACUGAAUCCUUGCAAUUGGAUUCAACUGAUUAUAAUACUGAUACUAUGAGCAACAGAUCAAUGGGUCGAGGAAAUAGUAGAGGAGGUCGACGAAACUGGAAACGAGGACGACCGCCAUUGCCGAUAAGCGGUAUGAAAAUUACUACAUUUCAUCUAGACAGUUUUAAUGGACCUAGUCGAGGAGCUGGUGGUGGCAGACGACGUGCAAACGAUAAUGACUCGACAAUGUUUGAAUCAGAAGAUUUAGCUGAAGGUAAUGCAUCACCCGACGAUUCCUACGAACAUCAAGAACAAUCACAACAACAGCUACGCGGCUUUAAUCGUCCUGGUAAUAAUCGACCACGUGGGGGUGUUGGAAACCGUAGUUAUAAUGUACAACGUAUUCGCAAUAAUAAUCAUGAAGAAUUUUAUAAUAAUGCGGAAAGAGGCUACGGUGAACAACAACGAUCAGCUAAUGAUUCGUCUAAUCGCUCAGGACCUAAAGUAACCAGCAAUCAACAAAAUAAAAAAAAUGGUCUUGAUGGUGGCGAUGCAUCUGUUAAAAACAAUAAUUCCGACAAUGACGUAUUGAAUGGAAAUAAUAAUGAUCCAUCUGGUCCAAAAAGACAGCGAAGUCCGAAACGAACGAAUACAACCAACAACAACAAACUAGAUGGAAAUCAACAGAAAAAUAGUCAACCACAACAAAAUGUAACAGCAACAUCUCCAACAACUGCCACUAUCAACGGUAUUAAAUGA